UAUAUUACACAGUACUCUACUCACUGUUUCUGUUCUCACUAAAUUCUUCACUCUCACUCAUUCUUUCUAAAUUCUUCAUCGCUCUUACGAUACAAUUCUUGAUUUCUUGCAAGUUCUGUUCGUGCCCUAAUUCUCCUCAGAAUUAUCUCUUGUUUCUCUGUUCCCUUCCUCAGAAUUUAUCUCCUAUUCUUCAUCGCCAAGGUUGUCGCGCGCCGUUCCGCCGUCAUCCUUUACAAACGGUUCUGUUUCGGAUAAUUCACUUACGGUACAAUAAUUCCUCCCUCCCUCAUUCAUUCUUGAUUUCUUGCGAGUUCUCCACUAAUUCCCCUCAGAAUCAAGGUUGCAAAAAGGGUUACUCUGUUUGACGAACGAAGGGAUACUCUCACUGUUUGUUCUCUCGCCUUAAAUCAAGGUUGCCCAGAAUUCUAAUUCCCCUCAAAAUUAUCUCUUGUUUCUGUGUUCCCUCCCUCAGAAUUUAUCUCCUAUUCUUCAUCGCCAAGGUUGCCGCCGAGUUCCGCCGUCAUCCUUCGCCAACGGCUCUGUUUUGGAUAAUUCACUUACGGUACAAUAAUUCCUCCCUCCCUCAUUCAUUCUUGAUUUAUUGCAAGUUCUCCACUAAUUCCCCACAGAAAGAAGGGAUUCUCUGUUUGCGAUGGAUCUUUCCACUGAGUUUGAUGACCUAAUUCCCUACCACUUACUAGAGAGUUUAAGAGUCUUUGUCAUUGAUCAUGACACCACUCAACUUCAUGCCAUUGCAAAUAUGUGUAUUCAAUGCAACUAUCAAGUUAUCACAUCCACUUUGGCUUCUUUUGCCCUAAAUCUUUUGAGACAAACAAAGGGUCCUUUUUUUGAUUUGAUAUUAAUUGAUGAUCAAAUGCCGGAUAUGGAUUCCUACGACUUUUUGCAACAUGUUACACAAGAAAUCAAAAUUCCGGUCAUUAUGAUGGGUGUUGAUGACACAGCAAGUGAAAGGAUGAAUGGGGCUUGUGAUUAUUGGCUAAAACCUUUGAAUCCGAAUUAUAUAAAAAACAUGUGGCAACAUGUUGCAACAAUUCAACAUGAUCAAACUGAAACAGUCUCGGAGGUGGUCAAAACAGGACAAAAACGAAAGAAAAGAGAUGAAGAAAGUGAAACAAAGAAGAAUCGUGUAUCAUGGGUGUCAUCAUCGGAACUUGAAGAAAAAUUUGUAAGAGCUGUGAAUCAACUUGGCAUUGAAAAGGCAACGCCAAAAAAAAUUACCGAAAUGAUGGAUGUUCGGGGUUUGGAAACGUCGCAUGUUGCUAGCCACUUGCAAAAAUUUCGACUUCGUCGUUUCAAUUGUUCAAGUAAAAAGACAAAGCCAAAAAGUGGAAGGGAAAAUUCAAAUGUUCCUCAUGAAAGCAUUCAAGUUGUUGAGUCAAUGCCAAAACAAGAUAAAACAUGUGAUGGCAAUUUUCUAAAUGCACAGCAACAACAUCCGAUUCCGAUGUUGUUUGAUGAUUUUGAAGUUUCCAAUAUUUUGACUAACAAAACCAACAUGAUGCUAGAUGAUUCAUCAUCAUUAUAUGAACAAGCAUGGUAUCCAUUCGAAGAAUUUGGUACAUUUGGUCACUAUUUUGACUAGGAUUCUAGUUUACUGUCAGCUGUAAGUACAUUUGGUACAUUGGUCACUUUAGUGAUAUUUUUCAUUUAUCCUCGUUGACUACUAUUAGUCAACUCUUAACUCUUAGUUGAUGUAAUCUCUCUUUCAAUGUUUUUAAUAAAAUCAUUUCU